UUCCGCGAUAACAUUAAGGUAGAUAAACCCAUCUUGCCGAACGCUACAAAAAAUGAAAUAAUCAAGAUGAAAUUAAUGAUUAAGUCAUAUUGAUUAACUCAUAUAAAUAAUCAAUUUUAAAAUUUAAUGAACGUCUGCGUUUAUAUUACGCCAAAAAACUUUGAAAUUGUAUAGAGAAUUUUUAAGAGAAAUCAAAAAAAUUCCAUUAGAAAAUGAUAGAACUCAAUAUAUUUUUUGGGUGAAAAGUGAUUUCAAAAAGUACAAACUUGAAACUGAUGAGUAUUCUAUAAAAAAACUGCAAAAUUACGGUGAAAAGUCAUUAAAGGAUCUUAAGCUGAAUCUGGCACUAAGUAGUACCAAAAAUUAAUAAAUGAUAUAGGAAAGUUACAAUAUGGCACAAAUGAUAAGUGGUAAAAAAAAUUUAUUGAAUUUAAAUCAAUUAAUAAAUGAUAUAAUUUCUGGAUGUGCACCUGAAGUUCCCUUUGAUGAAUAUAAAUUAGAUGAUCGUAAUACAAAAUUAAAGGAACAUGUAGUAAUUGCUCAAUUCACCCUGAGUAAUUUAAAUUCUCAAUUAAAAUUUCUUCUCAAAAAUAAAUCACAAUUGUCAGGAUAUACUUAUGAAUUAAUAAGCUCUUGCUUUCAUCUGUGUGGUGAACAUAGUCAAUCAAAUUUUAUUUGGAGUAAUACUGAAUGUUAUUCAAAAGCAAAUUUAUGUUUAAAACAACUAUGUAGUUUAUUUGAAGCUAGUAGACUAGAUGAUUUAUUUAAUAUGAUUGACAUAUCAAAGGUACUGUUUAGUUUAUGUUCAAAAAAAUUAGAUAAAGAAAACUGGAAGAAAAAUCCUGCAGCUGUCGAGUGUUUCAUGUGGAUUUUAAAAUGUUUAAAAAUGCCACAGUUAAAUUCUUUACUAUAUAUACUUAUGCCAUUACCUUUAAAAAUGUUUGACGAUUACAAUGAUUCAAACAUAAAUAUUGCAUUAGAUGCAUUUGAACAUAUAAUUGAAAAUACUCCUUCUGCAGAAUUAUCCAUGAGUGGUCAUGAUAAAGUACUUAUUAAAUCAUUUGAAUCUAGAUUGCUCUCUUCUGAAUAUCAUAUGAUACCACAUGUACUUAAGUGUUUACUAUUUUUAAUAUCGAAAUUGCAAUUGAAGCAUGUAACUGGAAAAAACGAUUUGGAGUGGAAUAAAUUCGAUGAUAUUUUAAGUAUACUACUCCCAAGAAUGGAACUUGAAACAAAAAGUGAACCAAUAGAAAAGUAUGCAACUAUUUUUCCUUUAUUAAUCGAGUCAAUUGGAUUUUCUGGAAUUCGAUGGUCUCAACGUUUAAUACCAUUAUUUGCUGAGUACAUUACAUACAAUCACUCAAAAUUAAAAACUGUGCAAACUAUAAAAAUAUUUAUACUUCAAACUUGGCCAAGAAAAAAUUCUGAUUGGAAGGAUUUAUUAUCAAUAUUAAUCAAAGCGCUCUAUGAUGAAGACAAAUGCAACUUGCCUCCAAAUGAGGAUAAUGUGACAGCUAUUGUAGACUGUAUAAGAUUAUUAAAAUCUGCUGUACCAGAAGAAACUCAGAACAUUUUAUAUGAAUUAAAAAAUGUUCAGGAACUUCAAACAAAGAAAAUUUUUUUAGAAGCAUUAAAUACUAUUUAA